AAGUUUCAGCCAUAUGCUUAUAUACAAAAGUGGGUAAAAGCACCUUUCUAACAACUAUUAAAUUAAACGUUAGGGGAGUUAAUCAGUGUUGCAAGUAUUUUAAAAGUUGAGGUUAAAUGACUUACUCAUAGUGCGAAAGACAUGGCCUAUUUAAAGUAGCAUUUCUAAAACAUUUAUAAUAUUUUUCCAUAUACAUUUUAUAAUAUGUAUAUCAUUUGGAGCCACAAUAUAACAAAUAAAUGGUCUACUGUCUGAAAUCUGUACUACUAUGCUUUUGAAGGUAUCCCCCACUUGCAGUAGAACUAUGUCUUUUUAUUUCAAUUCAGAUUUUAUUUUGAGCGCUCACAUGUUCACCUGGAAUGCUGACCCACAACAAAGACCGACCCUUACAGGCAUACCAUUGUUACAGCUUUAGGCAUUUCACCUGCUCAUCAAAAGGAGAAGAUGAAAUGUUCAGCCUGCUUUUAAUGCCUGCCAAGAACAAAAGGUAAUAAAUAACCAUGAUGACGGCUGCCCUCUACAGCAAUGGCUAUCUGCCACUGCUUUGCUAGCAGCAUAAUGCCGCCACGCUUUUCACUUCUAUGUAUAGCCGGUUCUAUUCUUGUAGUUGUUAGGAGUAAUACAAACACUACACACUCGCUCAGACGCAUCUGCCUUGCUUUAGAAGACAUCAUGGACAUUCAGUGGUACGGUUAACGUCUUCAGAGACAGGCUUGACUUUUCAGAAGUGGGAAAAUGACAGGAGGUAACUUGAUGGAAACGAGCAGCUGUGCCGGCUCAGAGGUCGACGCGAGGAAGUCGCAUCACCAGCCGACGGCCUCCGCGAGAACAAUGGUGAAAGUGAGAUGUGGCGAAAGUCUUUUUACGUUGGACAGGAGCCUCCUGGAGCAGCACUGUGAAUACUUUCGAGCCCUUUUCCAAUCUGGGAUGAGGGAAUGCACGGAGGACGAGAUUUGUCUUCAGGUGCCGAGCGCUCGUGGCUUCCUGGUGGCCCUCCGAGUGAUACACGGCGAAAGACCCAUGUUGAGCGCCGACGAAAUUGUUGACGCCAUCCAAUGUGCCGCGUUCCUUCAGAUAGAGCUUUUAACCGAGCAUCUCACAGAUGUUAUCGAUUCAGACAACUGUCUUCUAAUGUAUCACACAGCGGCCACUUUUGGCUUAUUGAAGCUUUUCGAAAGCGCAGCUUUGUUCGUUCGCGACAUGUACGCGGACCUCAAAGAAGACGCAAAGUGCCUGCCGGAGGAUUUGAUUGAAUAUGUGGAGUGUCUUGUUCCUAGCACAUACGUCACAGUCGGCUCCCAUUCGCCAACCAUCAAGCUACUGCAGGACUUCAUGAGGACCGUUUGCUACCUCGAUGAGGAUGAGAAAGACUGGAAGGUUCUUACUCACCUGCCUCUCAACGCCAGCACAACCAUGGCAGGAGUUACGGUUUUAGACAACAAGCUCUACAUUGUCGGAGGAGUUUACGACAUUUCCAAUAAAGUUGUUGAUUCCGGUUUUUGCUACGAUGUUUCUACAGACACUUGGAGCACAUUUUCCAGCCCUCAGCAACUUCGCUACAACUGUACUUUGGUAGGCCACGUGGGCGACCUUUAUGUCAUCGGCGGAGAGUUUGAGAAGACCGUAAUGUCCUCUGUGGAGAGGUACAAAGUCUCUUCGGACACCUGGAGCUUCGCUGCUCAUCUUCCAAGACCUGCGUCCACCGUGGCCUGCGCCAAAGCCAUGAGAAGACUUUUCAUCUGCCUUUGGAAGCCUAAAGACGCUACUGAGAUUUACGAGUACGUCGCAAGCAAAGACGAAUGGGUGUUAAUCACGAAACUCGUUCGGCAUCAAAGUUACGGACACUGCAUGGUGGCCCACAGGGACAAUCUGUACCUCGUGAGGAAUGGCCCAUCUGAUGAUUUUCUGAGAUGCGUGAUGGACUGUUACAACCUGACCUCGGGUCAGUGGACGGCCAUGCCCGGGCAGUACGAGAACAGUAAGGGGGCUUUGUUUACCGCGGUGGUGCGAGGCAACUCUGUGUUCACGGUGAACCGCAGAGCGACGGUGGAAUACGCCAUCGAGGACAAUAAAUGGAGAACAAAAAAACAAAUGACUGGAUUUCCAAGAGUCGGCUCCAUGUGGACGUCCCUCUUGAGACUGCCAAAGCAAAGCAGACUGCUUUUACAAAAGAAAGAUAAUGGAGUCGAGAUCUUCUCUGGCCUCAACUCAAGUGCUUCUGUACAUUGUGUCGAUUGAGUUUAUUUAUAAUAGCGAUAAUAUUUACGCAACGACGGAUUCCUACAAUUUCAGCUAAUUUGAUAUUAGUUCAAUGCCUCUAAUAUUUUAAGGCACUGCUCAAAAGUUGAAUGCAAGACAUAAAAGCUCAUAAUUAAUUCUUAAGACUCUAAAUUUUCAGAGGAAUUAUCCUCACAUAAUAUUUGAUAUCCUGACCUUUUGAAUACUUACACCUUGUACUGGACAUCCAAUAAAUUUUCAAAAAUUACUUUACUUUCUUUUUUUCUGUGCAAUACUGUU